AUGUCCACAGAUGGGACCGAUUGGCUCCUAGUUUGUUGGCAACAACUUGGCGGGUGCGACGACAAGGACGACGACGAAUUAACGGACGCCGAAGAUGACUAUGCGCUGGAUGCAGCCAACGAUCUCAUCUACGAUUGCGAUGUUGAAGACGACUACUACGAAGCUGCAGAGGCUCCCGAGGAAGUCGUAGAAGAGGGUAGCGUGGCUGCUGAAGACGAGGGAGGCCGGGAACCAGUUGCAUUAGAAAGGGACGGUGGAGAAGAGGGAGUCCCGGAAGCAGGUGCAGAGGAAGCGGACGAUGAAGAGACGGAGUCGGAAUAUGGCGACCCGAUCGAGAACGAAAUAGAACCUCUGGCAGACGAAGGGGAUGGUGAAGAGGAUGAGACCGAGUACCUGGACGCAGUCGAGGGAGACGACGACGAUGACAGUUCGGAUGACGAGGACGAUGAAGAGACGGACACCGAUUUUAGCGACGCCAGUGACGAAGGCAUGGAGGAGGGGGAAAGCGAUGAGGAGGGUCAAGGGGGUGAGAGUUCAAGCCACCACAGAGCUGCCGAGGGUGUAGGUGUUGGGCAGUCCAACACCACUCGACCGUCUCAAGGCCAACGAUCAUCUGCAGGGGACCAACAACCUUCGCAAGGCCAACGGUCUGCUCGACGUCGACGACGCUGGCGGGGCCGACGAUCUGCGCAGAGACAACCACCUUGGCACGGCCAAGACGAUGAGAAUUCAAGCCACAUUCGGCGUCCCCUGUUUAGCGAAGACACCGGCUUCCUUGGGAGCGAUCCCCCGCAGAGCGACGCCGAGAAAACUCACAGGAAAAUGCUUGCUGCCGUGCAUGUCGACGGAAAAGCCGCACACACCAGAGCACAGUACGGCUGCAACUGGCGCCAUUACAAGCGUUGGGUUACAGUAAUGAUGAUGACUCUGCUGGCAGACGUGAUACCAGAGUCCGAGAAAAUUGACCUCGAGAACCCAGACGAAGUAGGCAGGUAUAUGGGCGACGACCUGAAACUCUCAUGGGACUCGGUGGAUGACUCCGAGCAGCAUCUGCACGGACCCCGUGUUACCGGGUGGAGGAUUAUCCGCUACCUAGAGUACUUGUUCAAUGAAACACCUGCACAAGCGAUUACCCUCAAGGGAGAUGCACCUGUCGUUGCAGGGAGGGAGCCCAAGCCCAGCACACCAAAGAUGAUUAAGGUGAGAAUGAACGCUAUCGGCUGCCUAGGCAGAUGCGAGUCUGCGCUGUACGACUACCCCCUUACCCAGAUGCAAGACAAAGUCGCGCAGGGCAGGGCGUUUAUGAGAGUGAAGCUGGUCAACCUCAACGAGGAGCAGAUUCGAAGAGACUUUAAGAUCUACGCGCGGAGCAAGGAUUUUCCAUCGCAGGCGCUGUGGAGGGUUCUCGCCGUGAAGGUCAUGAUUCAGCUGGCGCACCAGGUUCUGGGAAGGGGGGUCUCUAUUCGGAAAAUCCGAUUCGCCAACAUGUUCAUCCGCAUGUGCCGUAGCAGCACCCGCGUAAAAGGGAAGAUGGACCUUCCUGUGCUCGUCAUCGCCUCGAGGAAAACAAAGACCAACCUUUCCAAUAACCUGACAUAUCAGUAUCUGGCGAGGCACACCGACUGGCAGCUCUGCGGCGUUGGCGGGGUUUUCUUGUGGAUUCAUUGGCUCUACGAUCUCGUCCCGAUUAGAUAUGGGAAAGGUGUUGUACCUUGUCUCGACUUUCGGAAGCCGCGUAAGUGGACCAGGAAGCACCUGUUCUUUGGCAUAAGGAAGCCGAAUGUCCCUGGUCCGCAGCCACAAGACGAGAUGAAGUACGAGACUCACAACAACUGGAUCCGCUGGGUCAUGAAACAGGCAAAGUGGAUGUUCAGCAAGGUGACCCACAUUUUCAGACGAUCGGGGGCGCAGGGGCUGAGCGACGACCGUUGCCCCGAUACAGACAUUGGCGCUCUGGGUGGGUGGGAGCAGGGAGAGAUGCGGAAGGCGUACAUUAUUGGAAUUCCUUUUCAUCCGAUGCUUAUGAUGGCUGGAUUCACCGGAACUCCGGGGGAUUACUACAUCGGCAGAGCACACGCUGUUCUCCCAGUAAAAAAGGAGUGGAAAAAGCUGAAGAAGCUUUUCAGAAAGCACAUCUUCCCCUGGGCCGAGAAGCAGUUGAAAAAGGGCGAGCACGAGAAAGCGAAGCUCCUCAGAGAGAACCAUUGCUUGCGGAAGGAGAAUGGGCUGAAGGACGUCCGCAACGCCGAGCUUCAGGCCCAAAUGCGUGACCUGCAGAGCGACAACAAGAGCCUCAUGCAGCAGCUGGCGCAGCUCAAGGCCGAGUUGGCCGCUCUCACGGUUUCCUCGACGGGGAACGUUGGCACCGACAACUCUGCUGCAAGAGGCGCGGCCUCAUCGAAGAUGGAGAAAGGUGGAGCUGGCCCAUCAACCCCAGAGCCAUCUACACCUACACCUGAGAUUGUCUACUUCGACAGUGUUGUGAGGCCGUGGCGUGACAGCACCACAGUGGCGGAGGCAUGGGCGCUGUGGAACAAGUCUAGCUUCCUUGUGGAAGGCCGAACACUGCGUGCUGUUGCAGACGCUGCAGGCUUUAUCGUUAAAUGGGCACAUUUCAAGAGGGGUGAGGAAAUUGAGGAGGAGAAAGGCAAGUUCAAACCCACCGUGCGUCUGGAUGCCAAGGAUGGCACCUGUGAAAGGCAGCUGCGUCGCAUCCACAGGGCUAUGACAGCUGUGGAAAAGUUCAGGGUGGACGACUCGGUGGAGGCGACGACCGAGGCGGUGAACGUGCUCGAUGAGGUGCUGUUCCAGACUUGUCCCACACAGUUCGCAGAUGGGCUAAUCGUCAAGGGGCAGAGGGGCACGAAGAGGCAGCGAACAUUGACGAUUGUGGGGAAAAGCCUGACGGACGAUGCGCAAGAGAGGGUUUCGUAUCUCCUCGUGUUUCAUGGUCUGCGCGACGACACAUGGGGGGAGGAGCUCUUCGGCGAAGAUCAGUGGCUGUCGAUCAAGACCGAAGUGUCUCAAAAGCCUUUAAAGAAGAGGCCAGGCGCGGGUCUGGGAGUGUAG